CUGAAGUCCAUGACCAUGGCUCAUUAGUAAUGGCUCAAGAUCUUAUGGAGGAUGAAGAAACAGUGGAAGAUUCCAUAAUUGAGGUUGAAGAUGAUGAAGCUGAGGUUGAAGAAGAUGAAUCCACAGAUUUGGCAGAAGAUAGAGAGGAAGAAGAUGUAUCUGGUGAACCUGAAGCUUCACCAAGUGCAGAUACAACUAUCCUAUUUGUAAAAGGAGAAGAUUUUCCAGCAAAUAACAUUGUGAAGUUCCUGGUAGGCUUUACAAACAAGGUGCCACCCCAGAGACAAGCAACUUUUGAGUACUCCUUCAUUCCUGCAGAGCCCAUGGGGGCCGACCCUUUGGUCUAGUCAUCAAUCUCAACUAUAAAGAUUUGAAUGGCAAUGUAUUCCAAGAUGUAGUCUUCAAUCAAAUUGUUACAGUUAUUGAAAGAGAAGAUGGGUUAGAUGG